CGCACCGGUAUACAGCAGGUCUCCCUAAAGUUCGUCUCGCAGCUCACGCCCUGCGGAGAUGGAUGAGCGCGCGCUGAUCAUCGCACAGCGGCGCAAGGCCUGCCUCGCAAUUGCCAUCUCCACGGGGAGAAUGUGCCGACUUCGAUCGAGCAUUAGCAACACUUGGCCGAACCAUCGUCAUCAUCAUCUUUCUGCUUUCCUGACUGUCUGCCCAACACCUCUACAGUCGCAACCUUCACUGAUACUCUUCUUACUUGUUCGAGUCAAAAAAGCCUUGUGACUUCAAGAACAAGUUCACUCGCCCCCCGUCAUUGGCUCGCUGGCGAUCGCGGUGCCUCAUGCGCCCCCAACCGCCCCUGCCACCCUUGCACACACGCCUCGUCUCAGUAUCGACCCUCGAACGAUUCACGCAUCACAUUCGGACAGCACUGCGACUCUCCAGCGAGUGACACCUAUAGCGACAUCACAGCUCCAGUCUAGCGCUUCGUCUGCGCAUGCAAGCAAUACGCAACGCAUCUCCUAUGCAAGCAUUCGGAGGCGUUCCUAUGGCGCCCUCCGCUACAGGACCUCAGGGUGGGAUCGGUGGAGGGCAAGCGGCGUACAAUGGUGGGAAUGCUGCAGGUGGUGCUGGAGGGCACCCGAAUGGUGCGGCUUCACUCAAUGGGCAGAACGGCAACAAUCACGGACCCGCUGGACUCGUCUAUCCCGCACUACACCUUCACCCCUUGAACGACACGUUCGCACCUAAGCAAAUCAGCCUGUCGCCUCCUAGCGCAGCCAAUAGAGUCAAGAUUGGAAGGCAAACGAACAACAAGACCGUGCCGCACCCUACCAACGGUUUCUUUGACAGCAAAGUCCUGAGUCGCACCCAUGCCGAGGUCUGGUCUCAAGAUGGCAAGAUCUUCAUCAAGGACGUCGGCUCCUCGAACGGCACUUUUAUCAACAAGCAGCGCUUGUCCGAGGAGAGCAAGGAGUCGUCCAAUUUUGAGCUGCGCAACGAAGACCUGGUCGAGUUUGGUAUCGACAUUGUGGGCGAUGACAAUAAAACGAUUAUUCACCACAAGGUGGAAGCGCGUGUCUACCUCGUAAUCACAGCUGAAGAGGCGCUGGGUAUGCGAAGCGACUUUGCUUCCCUUUAUCGAGGUGGUGGCCACGGAGGAGUGAUGGGAGGUAGUGGUAUGGGACCGGGCGCUGAAGGCGGACUUCGACGCGGCAAGAGCGGCAUGAGCUUCGAACACAUCUUUUCGAAGUUGCAAAGCGAGCUUCAGCGCAGUCGUGAUCACUCCUCAGAGCUAGGCGGGCUUGCGCACGCCAUCACCGAGGUCGGUGAAACGAUGCAAGGCGGAAUGCCACCGAUGCAGAACCCUCCUUACCAGCACAUGGUACCAGCACAUCCUUCAGACUCCAGCGCCCCUUCAACAAGCGUGGCUGCAUUGCAAGAGCAGCUUGCAAGCACUCAGGCCAGUCUUGCAGAACAUGUCGAAAAGAUCCGCAACCUAGAGAGUGUGCUGGCCGAGCACGAGUCCAUCAAGCAAGAAGUGGAUAGCAUGAAAGCGCAAAUCCAAGAAGUUGCAGCAGGCAGGGGCAGCUCAGUGAGCGGCGAGAGUCUUGCUGGAGACUUCGAUGACGGCGCAAGCAUUGCCAGCAUGGACACCGUCACUGGGGGUGCCACAGGUCGAAGAUCACCCCGUUCAAUGCUUGCUCAGACUCGAGCUGCGCCAUCAUCUAAUGGCGCGGGCGGAGAAGAGGCGCUGCAUGACCUGGACGCCUCAUCUAGCAGCCAGGAGGAUGAGCACGAAGGGCCACGCGCGCCCCCUGAUGAACCCCCGCACACAACUACGGCCGCAUUGAUGUUACAAAAUCAAGCCCUUUCUGGUAGGCUCGAGGCGCUGGAGGGCCAACUCGAAGAGGCGCUGACGCUGGGACGAGGACUUCAAGCUCAGCACGCGUCAGCCAGCGAGGCUGUCCGCACGCUGGAAGGGCGUAUGGCCACGCUCGAGAAGGAGGUGGUCGAGAGCGAGAAGCGUGCUCAAGGUGCGGCUGUUAGCGCCCUCGAAGGGCGUUGGGCGGAAUGGCGCGCAACGCUUGAAGCUGCUUGGACCAAAGAGAGGCAAGGAUGGGCAGACGAAAGGGAGCAGAUGCGAAGAGUGGUGCAGGCUUGGGAUCAAGCUAACGCUAGCUUGGAAUCGGAGGCCCAGAUAGCCAGCACAUCAAGCGUGAGACGUUCGCCUUCAGCCUCCACCUCAUCGCGAGGCAGCUCACCUCGCUCAAAGAACGCCAAGCGAGGAGCUGGCAAGCGGCACGUGAACCCCGUUUUGAGGUCGCUGUUGUAUACACAGUCACAUCUAGAAGAAGGUUCGACGGACGACGAUGACGACGAUGCGGAGAGUCGAGGUGUGGCAGACGGCCAAUCCGAGGCUACUAGAUCCGUGGGCUCCAGUGCCAGCGGCGAGUCCGCGGAGCCUACGAGCACUGCUGCUACCAGCCCAGCUGGAUCUGUCGCUGGCAAAUCGCAUUCUUCUCGGGCUGGAGCGGGUGCCAGCUCGAGUGCGGGUCUCAAAUCAAAUCCCUUCCUGGCGAUGCUGUCGAAGAAUGGAUCCGUCGAGCCUGUGCCGGCGGCAAUGGCUGCCGCAAGCCUGUUCGCCGUGGGCAUAGCUUGGUACGCGUACUCGGGCAAAAGUGGGACACCGACAAGAUUGACGUGACGAUUACGAAAGGUACAGAGAGACAAGGCGGAGAGUAGCAAAUGAGAUGAGGGUGGGAAAGGAGGAUCAAAGACCACGCAGGCUCGGCACGCAUUGAACAGCGUCGAUUCGAUCAAAGCUUUGUCGUCCUGUCGAUGGCCGGUGCACACAAGCACCUAGGUCUGGGCUCUGUGCUAUUACCAUUACUUACGACACGCCCCAAUCCAUGCUUUACGUAAAGCUUCAGGGUACGUGACGAGGAGUG